GACAUUCUGUGAAGAAGACGCAGAGUUAGGGUUAGAAGAGAGCACUGAAAUAAAAUAACAAAGAAAAACUUGGAAGAUAUACUUGACAAAUGAGUAUUCUAAAGAAUUUCUGAUACCUAGAACCACUAGACAUUUGAGACUGGAAGCUACUAGACAGUUAACCAAAUAGGACAAUUGAGGUGCUUGUACUUACUCUGAGCUGUUGACUGGAAUACUCUUCGUCAUUCAAAUGACUGCUGAGGGUGAACUUUGAGCUGAAAUACGUCUGAAACGACGAUUUCGAUUUAUACUGGAUUGGAUUUGGUGAGUUUUUUUUUUUUGGUUUGUUUCAACUCUCCCCUGCAUUCGGUUGCACGUGGCGUAUGCACCCGUUUGGACACUAGAUGGCGAGCCAAGCCCACGUCUAGAGGACAACUCAACAGACUUUCGAGUUCGAGCACUAUAGACGCACUUUUCUCUUGGUGACUACACUCAACAGGGUGACAGUUUGAGGUCGGUGGAUGGUGACAGUCGCUGUGCUGGGAGAGUGGAGGUUCUUCAUGAUGAUCAGUGGGGAACAGUGUGUGGUUAUAAUUGGGAUAUGAGUGAUGCUGCAGUGGUGUGUAGAGAGCUACGCUGUGGAGAGGCUGUAGACACUGAGUGAUGCUCACUUUGGACCAGGAUCAGGACCAAUCUGGAUGAAUAAUGUGGACUGUAGUGGGUCAGAGUCUUCACUGAAGAACUGUAUAUUCCCAGAAUGGGGUGAACAUUACUGUAGUCAUGAUGAAGAUGCGGGAGUCAUUUGUUCAGGUCACACUCAGGCUCAGCUGGUGAACGGCUCUGACUCCUGUUCUGGUCGAGUGGAGCUCCAGUACCUCAGUGAGUGGGGCGCAGUGUGUGAUGUAAGCUGGGAUAUGAGAGCUGCCAGUGUCCUCUGUGGUCAGCUGAAGUGUGAGAGUGCUGUGACUGUGUUGGGUUCAGACUGGUUUGGGGAGGGGAGUGGCCGGAUCUGGGCUGAUGUAUUUGAUUGUCAGGGGAAUGAAAAACAUCUGUCAAAUUGUCCCAUUUCAUCAUGGAGUCGAACUGCAUGCUCUCAUAAACAAGAUGCUGGAGUCAUCUGCAGUGGUUCCUCUCUGGCGUUUCAUGAGGGGCGAGUGCGGCUCUUUGGAGGGAUGGAGUGUGAGGGGGAGGUGGAGGUGUACUUCACGCAAGACUGGAGGAGAGUUCUGCUGGACUCCUGGAGUGAGUCUGAGGCCUCUGUGGUCUGGAGACAGCUGGGCUGUGGCUCUGUGUUCAACUUCUCCAGUCCUGAACACAGACACAUGUGUAUGACGGGUUUCAGUUGUUCUGGGAGUGAAGCUCAUCUGGGGAACUGCAGCAGCGCACAAGCAGUCAACUGCAGCUCCAGAGAACAGCUCUCAAUCACCUGCUCUGAUCACCUGCCUCUCAGGCUGAAGGGAGGAGAAAGAAGCUGCUCUGGGAGGCUGGAGGUGUAUCAUACCGCUAAGUGGGGGUCCGUCUGUGAUAACCAUUGGGACAUCAGAGAUGCUCAGGUGGUCUGCAGGCAGCUGGGCUGUGGGCCAGCGCUGAGUGCUGAUGGGAGUGCUGUCUUUGGUGCUGGUGAAGGACCUAUCUGGCUGAACAGGGUGAAGUGUAGAGGGAAUGAGAUUCACCUGUGGGACUGUCCUCAUUCCCUGAAGAACUACACUGACUGCUCCCACAGGCAGGACGCUGGAGUCACCUGUUCAGGUAUAGACAUAUCUGUGCCUUCUACUACUGUAGCCAUAUUUACAACCACCACCUCCACCACCACAGUCGGUCAGCCAGCAGAGAGAACAUCCACUCCAUCACCAGCUGUUCUAGCAGCUGUUCCGUCCAUCUAUCCAGUGUCUCUCCUGGUUCUGGGAUUGCUGCUCUUCCUGGCCUUAGUGCUUCUGGUUGUGCUGUUUUACCAGAACAGAGUGCUCAGGAGAGUGCUCUCUAAGAGGAGGCGUAAGACUCUGACUGAGGCAGUCUAUGAGGAGAUCGACCGCAGAUACAACACUAAAAGAAAUGACUCAACUCAAAGAGGAAGUAUCAUCUCUGAAGAACAGCAUUCAGGAUAUGAGGAUGUGGAUGAGGAGCUUCUCUCAGAAAAGUCUCUGACUGGAAUAAAGGCUGAAUAUUAUGAUGAUGUCACCACCAGAGGGCUGUUGAGUGAAUCAGCAAAAGAGGACACAGCAGAGAGCUAUGAUGAUGUCAUCACUGCUGGACAGAUCUCUGAUAGUGUAUCAGAGGACAUAGCAGAGAAUUAUGAUGAUGUCAUCACUGCUGAUCAGAGCUCAGCUGUUGUAACAGAAGACAUGACAGAUAAUUACGAUGAUGCUGUUACUGCUGGACCAAACUCCAACGUCAUGACAAUGGACACACCAGAGAACUAUGAUGAUGUCAUCACAGCUGAACAGGGUGUAGGAGGGGUAAAAGAUAAUGAUAAUGUGGAGGAGGAGCCUCAGAUAGAGAUGAGUCAUGUGACUGACAGACCACAGCCAGUGUCUUUACUCAGGAAACUUCAUUCAAACCUCUUCAAACGCAAGAAGUGACUUUUUUAUAGAUUACAAAUCAAAAUGUUUUAUGGGGCAUAAAUGGGAUAAAGUGGUUUAAACAGCCCAUAAUUUAUAUAAACAAAUUACAUUUACAAUUUACACAUUGUUAACACUUUCUUUGUUUUUUUUUAAUCUUAGAAACAUUUACAUCACAUCUCAUCAUAUUAAGUUAUUCCAUCAAAAUAAUUAUGAUCUUAUUUUGAUUACUUUAUCCAGAUUUUUAUCUUAAUGAAAAGAGUUUGUAUCUGGGGUGGUAAAGCUAGAUCAUGUAUGAGAGUAAAGAACUGAAAGAUCUCUGGUCAGAAGUGAAUGUUCAGUGAUCAUCAGUCAGAAACAGUAAAGAGCUGUUUCACUGUAAUUAAUUUGUAUGACAGUUUUCUUUUUUAAGUGUUGGCAUUCAAAAUCAAGCAGCCCCUUAUAUCUGUUUAUAGAGCCAUUAUAACACAUAGAUUACUCACCUAAUAUUACGCUACACUAAAAAAUGGUAACAAGCAAAUUAACUGGGUUCAACUAAAAUAAAUGCUGUGAAUAAAACAAUGCAAGGCAAACAAUUAUUUAAACAAUCAAAUACUAUAUUUAUAAAAAUACUUAUUCUCAUUCUUAUAAAAUAAUAUUUUGAAUGAAACCAAUUUUCUUUUGUGUCAUUUGCAAGCUUAUAAUGAUUGUGUGAUUAUUAUGCUGAUAAUUUGAGAUUAUUUCCCCACAGGAAUAAUAAUGACUGAUGUUGAAUUUCUUAUGAUUUACAUGUGGACUUUGUGGAAUCUAUUACUGUGAUCUGAGAUGAUUCUGAGCUCUUCUGAAUGUGCUCAUACACAGAGAGUUUAAAGAUGAGAUUUUCUGAGGUUUAAAAGUUUUAAUACAUGUUGCCUUAAUUUUCUGUCGUUUUUUCCUUUUUCUUUUUAAUUUCUGUUUUAAUCAUAAUUCUUCUCUGAAUAAAUCAGUUAAAUCAGCAAAUCACUAUUGGGAACAGUGGAUUUUUAUUACAACAUAAUUUCUACAUCACAUUUUAAAGGAGCCAUAAAUGAUGACCACA